GGCUGUGACUCACAGCUCCGAAGCCCCGCCCACACCGGGUACAUAAGCCGGCGAUCUGAAGCGGCGCCUCCAGAUCUUUGACAUCCAUUGUCAGCAAACCUGAACUGAUUCCUGAUGGUGGUACAGGAGAAAAGUCGUAUGGAGGCGAUGGAGGGAAACCAGCAGAGGGUGGAGGUGAACAUCCUGCUGCUCGGAGCUCACAAUGUCGGCAAGUCCGCUCUCACCGUCAGAUUUCUGACCAGGAGAUUCAUCGGCGAGUACGGCGACAUCGAGUCAGUUUACAGCCGAGUCGACAGAAUUGAUGGGCAGGAGAUCUGCUUCAACAUCUGGGACUCUCAGUAUGCACAGGCCGGAGAGAAGAGUUCCUCCGUCAGCGACAAACAGCUGCAGUGGGCUGACGGGAUGAUCCUCGUCUACAACAUGUGUGAUCGCAGCAGCUUCGACGUCGUCCAGCAGCAGCUGCAGCAGAUACGUCGAAGCAGGAAGCCGUCCUCUGUCCCCAUCAUCAUCGUGGCAAACAAACGCGACCUGCAGCAGCACCGCAGCGUCUCUGGCGAGGAGGGACGACUGCUCGCCAUGUCCCAACGCUGUGGCUUCUUCGAGGUGUCCGCAGCGGAGACGUACCACGGCGUCCUGCUGGUGUUUCACCGCCUGGUCGACCUCGUGAAAGAGACUCGAGCUAUAAGAAAAAGCACGGCCGGCGUCCGAGGGAUCGUCAGGAGCGUGUCUGCAGUGUUUGCAAAGAAACGGGCAGAGUAGACUCAACAUGCAAAGGUUGUUUUUGCUAAUUCUGAUGAGAUGAAAACGUCAGAGUGAGAACUUCCUGUCAGAUGCCUCCUGAGUGAAGUUGAAGGUCAGAUACGAGACGGGCUGAGGAGGUUGAGAGAACGAUUCUUUGUUGGAAGGUCGACGGUAAAGCUGGUCAGAGAAAAGUUGUUUCAGAAUAAAGAGGGCAGCUGGAGCUGAAGACCUUUAGCUCAGCUAGCAGAGAGGCGAUGAAUAUCUCGGCACUUAUCAGACACUGACACGAAGUUUGGUUCGUCUUCCUCAGAGGAUGAAUCCUAAUUACACAGGUGGUCCUCUGACUUUUCCAUUAGCAGCACAGGCAGGAUGGAGUUUGAACUUCCAUCCGAUGAGCUGACGAACUCUUCCAGCACCGAAGAGUGUGAAUCCGACUGACUUCAGUCAUGCAACCUCUGAUUAAACUCUGGUAACCAUUCUAUCGAACCAAUAGUGUAAUAGGGCCGACAUUAUGUGCUCCAUUCUUUGGUUUGUGACCAAACGUGCAAAAACACUGACUGUAGCGUUAGCCUUGUGUAUAGUCUUUAGCAUGCUAAGGUAGCAAGCAUGCACUAAUUUGCAUUGUUCUCAGAAAAUAUUUUAAAAACUCAACGAAUUCUCGAGUUCCCCUCGAAACAUCUGGAAUCAUCAGGACUCUGCAGCCUGGUGGGAAUGUCGGGCGUCUUUGUGUAGUUUGAAAGUUUUGUGUGUCAGACGGACGUCUUUAAUUUAUCAGCUAAUUACAUUUCUGUUGGAUUAAAAAACUGGUUUAGAUGUGAACUCGCUCACUGACUGACGAUCAGCGUUUUUUCUGGCUGUGAUUUCAAAGAGGUUGUCAGGUUCUCCAGACACUAAACUUACACCAUCAUGGACCUGCAGGAACGCUGGGUUCAGUCUGUUUUUAGCUCCUGAAUGAACGAGCAGUUUCGGUCCCAAACCUCUAAUGUUUCUGUGGCCCGGCGUCACAGCUGACCCCAGCUAUCUGGGAUAUACGAGAACAAAAGAACCUAUCUGUACUGUAAAAUGAAUGUUUCUUUUUGUAAAUAAAUCUAUUUAUUCAUA